AUGUCCGGUCUACUUCUCUUCGCUCAUCUCCCUGUCCGGGCAGGCGAGUGCCCCGACAAGGGCUACUAUGUCUACUAUCAAACGGCUAUUCGUUGCGCUAACGGUGCAGAUCCCGAAGAGCCAAAGAAGAACAAGCUUCUCCCCUGCUCCCUGCGGGUCUACGCAGAGAAUCAAGUCAUUUGGCCUGACCAUACUGUCGUCCUCCUCCUCGCUCGCAUGGCUGUAUCAGAAGAUGCUAGGCAUGGUUAUCUGGACGCCGUUCUUUCCAUUCCCGUUCCCGGCGACCCUGAUUCGGACGACUACAUGUCCUCCGAAGCACGGAUUCCCGUGCCGUGGGUCCUUGGUUCCGGAAUGGUCUCAUGCGCGGAAAGCACGUUCAAGUCUGGGAAGAUGUUCCGCGUGAACGUGCAGGAGUUCGUUCGUAAGAAGGACAUGGCCUCCCGCAUUAGUGUCCUCGUCCCACCUGACAAGCCGAGGCGAUGGGGUAAUUUCAAGGUUAACUACGCUCAACGGGUCCUCUUCAUUGGGACCUGUGAACGACUUAUGGACGACGGUCAGUUGGCCAUCGCUCUGGAGGCUGUCAACUUCCCUCCCAAGGAGCGUGCCAUGGGCGUUGCAGCUGCACACCCUGCAUCCUUGCCUGGUCCAUCUACUUCGCCGCCAUCAAAACGUCGUCGCAUGGAUGAGCUUGAUGAGCUUGAUGCAGUCGAUCCUCUGGAUUCCAUGACCCAGGCGACGAUGUCGACCCCGUCUCAGUCACCUGGUGCCGGCCCAUCAUUUCACUUCCGCAUCGGCCGCUUUGCGCAAGUCCGUCCUGCGCUGUUGCCCUCGGCACCCGCGGAACCAAUGCCGAUCCCCGCGGAUGCGACCGCGCUCGACAUGCUGCGCGAUGGCGACUUCGACUGGGACACGAAGCUGCGGGAGGUGUUCCUCACGAUGAGCCUGGGCAUACGGGCGAACUGCGUGCCGGUCAAGUUGGUCACCGAGGAGUAUAAGAAGAACUUUGAGUUCCCUCUGGUAAACUUUGCACUGAUGGCGAUCGAGCCAGUCGAUAUGUGCACAGCACAUGUCAUCACCCUUUCCCACUGA